GUGCCGAGCGGGAGGAUGGCGGCGGCGGAGGCCGGCUCGCUGGUGGCGGCCGUGCUGGCUCCCUCGGGCCGCCUGGACAAGCAGGACCUGGGCACCCGGCUCGGGCGCCUGUCCCGCCGGGUGCAGGAGCUGAAGGGUGAGGUGUGCGCCGUGAUCAACAGCAAGUACAGUGAGUUCCUGCCCAGCGUGCAGGCCGCCGAGGAGCUGCGGGCGCAGGUGCAGGAGCUGUGCGGCAGCAUCGACCUGCUCAAGGCGGGCAUCGAGAGCGAGGUUCAGCGAGAUCUGAAUGUCGCUGUUGCUGAGUUUACGGAACUGAAGCAGCAGCUGGAGCGAGACACGUUGGUUCUGAGCAUCCUGAAAAAGCUGCAGGAGUUUGAUAUUGCUAUGGAAAAGUACAAUACUGCCUUCCUGGAAAAGAAGUACGUUGCAGCAGCUCAGCACCUAGAAACGGCACGAAGCAGCCUCAGAUUGCUGGAAUCCCGCAAGGGCUUUGAGCUGAAGAUCCUGAAGGCACUAGGCACUGAGCUCACAGUGCAGACACAGAACAUGCUCUAUCAUCUGGGAGAAGAGUGGCAGAAGUUGGCUGUAUGGAAGCUUCCUCCUUCAAAAGAAGGCAGCAGCCUGGAGUCAGUGGUGCAUUCAGAAUUGCACUUACACACGGUGUCAUCAAAAGAGGAGGAGAUUGCUGGCACCUCUGUUGCUUCUGUGCUGCAGGCGUUUGCUGUCCUGGGAGAACUGCACACCAAGCUUAAAAUCUUUGGCCAGCUGUUGCUGAAACACAUCCUCAAGCCUCUGAUUUUAUACCCAUCUCUUCAGCCAUGCACAGAGGAACAGUCUGAUGUGUUCAUCCUGCGUUUUAAGUCUGAGGAACCUAGCUUGGAUCAUUCCUCUCCUAUGAAGGUUUUUGACAAGAUCAAGCUGAUUUUUGAAGUUCUCCACAAAUACCUGCUGAAUGUGCCUCUUGAGCAGCCUGUGGAAGAUAAAAAGGGUUGCGGAGUUACACUGGCAGAACUGCUAGGUGACAUGAUAUGGGAAGACCUGUCAGACUGCCUCAUUCAGAACUGUCUGGUGAAUUCAAUCCCAACCAAUAGCAGCAAACUAGAGCAGUAUAUAGAGGUGAUUAAAUCCACAGAGGAAUUUGAAAAAGCCUUGAAGAACAUGCAGUUUUUGAAAGAAGACACAACUGAUUUACUGAAAUACGCCCGUAAUGUCAACUCCCACUUUGCUAACAAGAAGUGCCAGGAUGUGAUUGUGGCAGCCAGGAAUCUGAUGACCUCAGAAAUACACAACACUGUAAAGAUCACACCUGAUUCCUGUGUAGCCCUACCAAAGCUUCCUAACCCCGGGGCCGGAGAUCACUCAAAAAUGCCAAAAGCUUCUGAACUUCUGCACAACAACAUGGUGAAUUUGGAGAAUAAGACUAAACUGAGCCAGCACACAUUUUCUCUGCCCACAUGCCGCAUCAGUUCCUCAGUGGAGAAGCUGAUGGAGUUGGCUUAUCAGACACUGUUGGAGGCUACAUCCAGCACAGAUCAGUGCUGCAUACAGCUUUUCUAUUCUGUACGGAAUAUAUUCCAGCUGUUCCAUGAUGUAGUGCCAACGUACCACAAGGAGAACCUUCAGAAAUUACCCCAGCUGGCAGCUAUUCACCACAACAACUGCAUGUAUAUUGCUCACCACCUGCUCACCCUGGGACACCAGUUCCGAUACCGCCUGACCAACAUCCUGUGUGACGGAGCAGCUACUUUUGUAGAUAUGGUGCCUGGUUUUAGGAGACUUGGGACGGAGUGUUUUCUGGCCCAGAUGCGAGUGCAGAAAGGAGAAAUCCUGGAGAGGCUGUCAAGUGCCAGGAAUUUUUCUAAUAUGGAUGAUGAGGAAAACUACCGUGCAGCUAACAAAGCAAUAAGGCAGGUAUUACAUCAGUUGAAAAGAUUAGGAAAAGUCUGGCAAGAUGUCCUUCCAGUGAAUGUGUACUGCAAGGCUAUGGGGACUCUGCUGAACACAGCUCUCACAGAGAUUGUCACUAGGAUCACUGCCCUAGAGGAUAUCUCUGCAGAAGAUGCAAAUAGGUUGUACUCCCUCUGUAGGAUCAUGGUGGAGGAAGGACCCCAGGUUUUCACCCCAUUACCUGAAGAUGACAAAAAUAAGAAGUACCAAGAGGAAGUUCCAGUCUAUGUGCAGAAGUGGAUGACAUUCAAAGAGCUGAUGAUCAUCUUGCAAGCCAACCUCCAAGAGAUCGUAGAUCAGUGGGCGGAUGGGAAGGGACCUCUUGCAGCUGAAUUCUCAGCUGCUGAAGUGAAGAGUCUGAUCCGAGCCUUGUUCCAGAACACAGAAAGGAGAGCAGCAGCACUGGCCAAAAUUAAGUAACUCUGCAUUUACUCCUACACAUUGCAGCUUCUGAUAAAGCAAGAGGAAACUGAGUCAAGUACAUUCUGGAUUGGACUAUUCUUAUUUGUAAUGUCAUCUCAAGCUUGCUUGCUUAAGGGCCUCAUAGAAGGAUUUUUGUUUCUCAGUAGUGAAUCUUAUCUAUGCAGUUUUACAUUGGGGCAGGAGCCCUUUUGUGUCUUACCUCUUCUGUCCCUGCAAGUUACAUAUGAAACCCACAGAAUGCUGAAGUGCCAAACUUUGCUCUUUCCCACCUCAGGUUUCUCUGAAGAGCAGGCCUCAAGAGUGAAAAAGUAGGGGGAGAGGAGAUCCUGUUCUGAGCGAACUGUUUAUCAAGCCACAGGGUUUUGCACAAGUGGCAGAAUUCCUCAUGGAAAAUAUCUUAAAGUUGACUGGGAAUUUUUCAAUCUCCCUUCACCAACUGCAGAAGCCAGUUCAGCUCCUUCCCUUACCUUUCUGUUGUGUAUGCACUAGGCAGGUCUGGUAGCUGUUGUGUUUCAGGUAGUACAUUUUCUGUCCUUUAAGAAAACUCUAGAUGAACAUGAAAAGGGAGUGAAGUGUGCACUCAUAGCAUCAUCUUUCAAGUUACCAAAGGCUACAUUUAAGACUGAGAAAGGUACAUUAGUUGAAAAACUUCACCAAGAGCAUUCAUUAAGACGUAGCCUGGAGGCCAAGAUGUGCCAGUUACUGCACACAACCAAAGCGUUUCCUACUGUGUACUGCUUACAACCACUUAUGAAAGUUUCAGUCACAGAGGUUAAUGUUUUAAUCUGUUCCCUACUGUGGUAUCCUUUUCAUUCGCACUCUUGUCUGACUUCGGUUCACAUUUGCAAGCAUUUGUGCAGGACCUGGAUCACAGCUGCCUUCCACCUUGCACUAAGCCAUUGCAGAAUGAAUGGCCAUUCUGCCUGCUGGGUCUGCCAAGCACAGCCAUGGCAAGGAGACCCUCCUGUUCCUGGCUUUAACUGGCACAGAGAGGGAGCAAAUGCAGUCAAGUGGGCAGAUGGACUGAAAGCAAGGAGGGGAAAUACUGAAGCAAAACCUGAUUGCUGCUUAGAACUCUAGCGUUUUCUUCUCCUCCAAGUCUCUAAAAGCUGAAAGUGUUCCCAGAGCACUUACAUCUCAUGGGAUCCCUGCCCCUGGACACACAGCAAUCUAAAACCCCCACAACUUUUGAAAGAACACUUCUCUCAUGUGGAUUGUUCACAGAAAUGUAAUUUGCUAUUUUCUUUAAUAAACUGUUUAUACUGAA